AUGGAUAAUUUACAAAUAGCUACAAGAAAUUCCUUCGACCCUCAGCAGUAUUUGUCAGAGAAGUCAGCCUAUACACAGCAUCCUAUACUAUUUAAUAUAAUACAAGUUAGUGAUAUUUCCAGAUCGCGUUUGAAUCAAUUAGAUGAAUGGCAAGAAUAUGAAGACCCAAAUAGUGUUUCGGUAGAUCGAGUGAGCAAGUAUAAUAAUAAGAAGUACCUGGGUAAUCGUAUCAUUAGAGAGGUUGAUAUGAGUAAAGAUAAUGAACUGACUUUCAGUAAUUUUACUCGUUAUGGUGGCAUAUAUAAAUUGUUAUUGAAAGAUAAUUUUGAUAACUACUGCUUUGCCUAUGAAUACAAUGACAGUUUGCAAUUCUUAAGACAAAAUAAUUCUACAGGUACGCCCUUAGGUAUCCCAUUGGGAGGUAGACUUCUUGUGAAUAAAGGUACUCUUGUGAUGAAUGGUGUCUUAAUGCUAGAGAAAAUACAGUGUCAAUAUUUAGGUAUAGAUGAAAAUGAUAGCUCACUUGCUGAAAAACUAAACAGUGGAAUCGUUAAAAAACACAUAGAUUUACUUAAUGAAGAACUUAUUUCGAACCAGUAA